AUGGCGGACGAGAGAGAUCCUAAGGCAGCGAAAAAGGAGCGCAAGUAUCCCGACGAUGAUCUCUGGCCCCCCACUUCCAGCUCCGCCAGCACCAUGGCAACUAAGCUGGGGGACUUCCCCCAGAUCCAAUUUGAACCAAAUCUUGUUGAUUGCGCGGAGUCGUGCGGCGUUAAAAUUCCCCAAGGUUUGGCCAUUGCUAUGGUGAUGCUAAGGAGCAAGCAUGUCGACCACUUGGAGAUGAAACCACCACACAACUUCCUGCUUGAUCGAGCCCCUCCACUCACCGAUAAACGCAAGGAGCAAAUUCGACAGGUGGCGCUGUGGUUACUCGACAUGACCCGUACAGUGAAUGAGAGCAUGGAGUUCCUGGAGCCUGCAACAGCUCACUUCACAUUGCAGGUGAUUCUGGAGAUCGUGAGGCUUAUUAAACCCUGUCCACUUCCCAUUUCUAAUGCCAGCUGUGGGCUUAUCAAGUAUAUAAGCUUCUUCCGCGAUGGGAAUCCCAUCUAUAAGGACGAGUUGGAGGCAUGGACACUGACUGCUGUAGAGCUUUCGGAUGGCGUCACCACUCCGAAGGAUUGGUGCAUGGAUCAGGAGUACUAUCUAUGCACCUACACAAGAGAGACACAGAUCUGUGCCCUUAACCUCUUCAACGCCUCCCUCUACUUCGAUGCAGAGAAGAUAGUCAACAAAAAACUUCGUGAUUGUGUCGCCUUCAUCAUUGUCAAUGCAAUGCAUCUAGUUCGCGCCUACUGUAGCGUCACAACUCCCUGCUUCUGUGCGGAAUCAGAUCCACUGUCCGUGAUUCAAGCCGCUAAAUCACGACCCGCCUCUGUAAAACUCUUCAUUCAACGCCUCUCCGAGGAGAUAGCCCCUGUGCUAUUCGAUAUGAAUCGUGCCUGGUUCAUUGAACAAAUGCACUGUCGCUCCGACAUUACCGACCGACGUCAGUGGGUGCGUCAGCAUAAAGAGGCUUUCGCAGUUCACAUCAUGAUGAACAUCCUCUGCAGCAAUACCCAACAGGCUUGGAAUUCGAAAUGUGGAUUUGAGGACAUCCUCUUCCACACUGAAGAGCAUGGAGAGGGCUGUGUGGCGGAAUUCUGUGCUUGCAAGCUCUCCAAGAUCCUUCAAGCAACGCGACAGGAUUCCACCUGUGGACAGCCUUUGCCUACCAAUAAAUAG